CUUAGACGGAAGGGACGGCAGCGGCGGAAAUGCGCCGCACUGCACAGGCGCAGUCGCGUCCUCAGGCUCCAGGCCCAAAAACUCCGUUCCAGAGAUUCUGAUCUCCCAGAGACUGAGCAGUGUAACGACGCCCCCUAGCGACCAAAGGCCAAUGGGAGGGGACUUUGCUGGUUGCUAAGGCAACCUCUCUAGCGGCAAGAUGGCGGCGACCAGCGAGGGGAUCCGGAACUCCCGCAGGCAGCACUGGGACCAGCCAACGCGGCCGCCGCGGGACGGUUACGGUGUCUACGUGUACCCAAACUCCUACUUUCGAUAUGAAGGAGAAUGGAGAGGAGGGAAGAAACAUGGUCAUGGGAAGUUGCUGUUUAAAGAUGGAAGUUAUUACGAAGGGGACUUUGUGGAUGGAGAGAUCACUGGAGAAGGGUGCCGGCACUGGGCCUGCUCAGGGAACACCUAUUCUGGACAGUUCGUCUUGGGUGAGCCUCACGGGCACGGCGUCAUGAGGUACAAGACUGGUGGAUGUUACGAAGGGGAGCUCUCCCGUGGUGCAAGAGAAGGACAUGGAUUUCUGGUGGAUAAGGAUGGACAGGUGUACCAAGGCUCAUUCCAUGACAACAAAAGGCACGGCCACGGAGAGAUGCUCUUUAAGAACGGUGACAAGUACGAAGGUGACUGGGUUCGGGACCAGCGUCAGGGACACGGGGUGUUGUACUACGCUGACGGCUCCACCUACGAGGGACAGUGGCACAGUGAUGUGUUUAGUGGACUGGGCCGCAUGGCCCACUGCUCAGGAGCUGUCUACUAUGGACUGUGGAUCAACGGCCACCCAGCAGCCCAAGCCACAAAGAUCGUGAUUUUGGGGCCAGAGGUGAUGGAAGUAGACCAGGGAUCUCCCUUCACGUUGAAUGUUCAGCUGCAGCUGGACAGUGGGGAUGUUGCCAAGGGUGAGAGCGGCCGGGUUCUGAAGAUCUCAGCAGGAGUCAGAUAUGUGCAGCUCCCAGCCUACUCCAAGAUCAGCUUUUUCAAAGUGGAUGAAGAUAACCGAGUGGCGCCCACCCCAACCCCAUUUGGGUUCGAGUGCAUCACCUAUCCCUUGUCCAGCCCCACAUCUGGGAGGCAGGAGCCCAGAGCGACUGUCAGACGUGCUGCAGCUGACUCGCCGUGCCCCGAGGGAAGCCUGGAGCCAGCUCUGGAUUCCAGCACCUUCCAAGGCCAGAGAGACACCCCUUGCAGCCUGCCUGCCCAGGGACGUGAGCUCCAUUGUCCAGACUGUCAGCGAGUGGAACAAGGCUGUGCUGAGUUUGCAGACGUCCUCCUCGGGCCCCCUCCACCAGGGUACCAUCCCUUCCUCUUCCUGGACAGCUUCCACGAGAAAUCGGGCAGCAGGUCCAGUGGCAGGCUAUGCCACGGGAAGAUGACACCAACUGCACAGGAGCCAUCAGAAGGCAGCAGGCCUGACAGGAUGACCACAGUGGGGCUGAUGGCAGCAGCAUACCCAGGGGAGUAUGUGGUCAUGAUCCAUGACGUGACCACUCCUCCAUUCCUGGGCCGGACACUGCCCACCGCCUUCAAACACCUGCGGGUCUUAGCAAAGGAAGCCAGCCUGUGGACACAUUUCCCUGAAGAAGCUCCCAAAGCUUCAGGCUAGAAGGGGCUACCCAUGAUGCACCACGUAGCUGCCAGCAUGGUGGUGGCGUCUGCCCCCUCGGGAGGCUACCCUCAUUUUGGAUGGAAGGAAAGGUGGUCUCCACUUCCUAGAGUCCCUCCAUUACCCAAAUGACCUAAGCAGCCCGAGUGGGGGUUUUGGGGAGCCGCCCCGCACAGCCGCUGCUUGAAUAAAACACUCCACACAGACCACAGAGCAGCCUCCCACAUGGUACACGUGGCAGCAGCAGGAGCUGAGCCCGUGGCCUGCCACUGCCUGUGGCCCUUGCUCAGCACUGACCUGGGAAGGCGGGGAUAUGGAGCCUGGUGGAACACACAUGGGGGCUCACUUCAGCACCCCAAAGCCGAGGGGUGGUGGUCACCUGGGUGUUCUCAGAGGCCCCAAGUCUGGCCCACCCACGCUGUGCCCAGGCCCAGCCAAGGCCUAUGUUGGAAUUCUCUGCCAGGUUGGGGUUAGAGGGUGGCCUUGUGCCCGUCUCUCAGGGAGACCUGCAGCAGAAUGGGCCCUGCUGGCUCCUUGACCUCUGCCCAGCACUGCCUGCGCCCAGCAGUCCUGCCUGUGGGACGGGCUUCCACAGUGGUGAGAAAUCGAGACAGUAAGCAUGUGACCGGUUUUCUGGAAGCAGGCUUCAUGUCUGUGUGGGUGGGGGGAAGGGUGCUUAUAGGAGGCCUGUGGGCAUCAGCCUCCCAAGGGCUGAAAGAGACACUUCUGCCACUCUUUGCAUCCACUCACCCAGGGUUAGCCUGGAGACUCACCUCCUCUGACCCCACCAGCCACAAGAACAACCCUGGUUGGGCUUCGGUGUCUGCUGGCCUGUGUGCUGGACGUGGCGCCACCUCAGCCUGGCGCGGCCUCUCUCCGGCUCUCCUAGCAGCCACUCAGCACCCACUCCUCUGCCCUGGCAGCCCACCUCUCAGCUGACCACCCACUUCCUCUGCAUGGAGAAACGAACCCAUGGGAGAGGAGUCCAGAGCCCAGCCCCUGGCCAGCCUGGCUCCCAGGGGCAUGGCCUCUCAGCACCGGAGGGACACUGCUGUCUCACAGAGGAGAGUGUCGUCCACACACGUCCCAGUCACCACAGCCCUUGUCCCCCAUGUUCCUCCUCAACCCUUCUCCACUCCUCUGUCUACACUGACUUCCAUCCCUCGGGCUGUCUGAAGCCCCACCUCUCCAGACCGCCACAGGCCGCUGCUGAGCACAAGGGACAGCACAAUGACCUGCAGCCCCAAUUCCAGUCCACUCCCUGGGGCUUAACAACACAAUACCUGAAACUGGUGCUUUUUAGGAAUCAGAGUCUAUUCAUCUCACUGUUUUAGAGGUCCGGGGUCAAGCGUGAGGGUCGUCUUUGCUGGUGGAUGGCAGGGUGAAGGUACCACACGUGAGACACGGCAAAGCAUGAGUGCACGUCUCCUUAAAAAGUCACACGUAUCAGUCAGAGGGCCCCUCUCAUGCCUGAUCACUUCCCACCUUUCCACAUCAUAAUCAAAUUAGGUCUCCACCCUCUCAGCACCAUGACAAUGGUUCAUCAGAUUUUUUUUUAACUUGCAAUGAGGCAUUUGAGCUUGCUGAAAAGAGAUAAAGAGGGAAAAAUGAGACAUCCCCCAGCAGGAGGAUGGCCACAUUGCAAUCCUUUCU